UGCCUGCCAGCACCCAUUGAGUUUGAAGAGAAUGCUGCCUGAAACAAUUUUAGCUAUACUUAAACAAUCUUAGAUAUGAACUCUGAACUUUGCUGCCAUUCUGAGCAUGCCACCAAUGACAGCAUGUGGCAGGAGUUGCUCUAAUGCUGGUGUGCGUGCAGGCUGUAAAUAUUGCAGCUCAAAUUAGGUGCCUUGAAUGGGGCCUGAGCCCCUUGGCAUCCCAGAUGGUUUGGCGGCUUCUUGUGGUGCUGGCUGCCAUUGGUGUCCUGGUUGCCGAUUUUGUCUGGAAAGCUUCCCAAUGGAACGUCAGAAACCACGACUAUGAGCCUUUGGCAGUCGUGUCAGGUGGAGAGACCGACACCGAAAAGGGCAACACAGAGCAAAAUGUGGAGCAUUUGCUCCUCCGUGGGCCCCCACAGCUCCUUUGCAUUAUCACUACGCUCUGGCUCUUGGUGCUGCUGUAUUGUGAAACGAUGACUUGGCAGCGCCUGGUGGCUAGCCUCCCAGGGUACAUCUUUGCCACCUACUUGGCUUUGGUCGUUGAGUGGAAGCAGGAGACAAAGGAUGGUUGGAAUUGGGAGAAGUGGCGGGACAGGAACCGGCACCUGACUGUGAUCAUCACAAUGGCCAUUCUGCUCUUCUUGUGGCUCAUGGUCCCCUUCAUCGAGAUGCCUUGGUACCUUGUGUCAGGGGAUCGAUGUUAUUCUGCACGGCUUUGCAGUCCGCUUAGCAAUGGCAAACGAAGACGAAGAGGGCGAAGCCCUUGGCAUCAAGACGAAGACGAAGAUCAAACUCAUCAAAAAGGAGCAAGUCCCUGGUUUCGUUGCUUGCCUUUGCUGGUCUCUCCGUCGCUUGGAUCGGUGGCUUAGCCAUCUUCUUCACCAUCACCUGGCAACUGACCCUUUUUGCUCUCCCAAG